AACAAAGUUUGAGGCUGUUCUGAAUGAUAAAAUGACAAAAAUUAUCCUUCUGCUUCUCCUGGGAAUACACAGCACUGCUGCUGUGACCCACUCCCUGAAGUAUUUCUACACGGCUUCGUCUAACGUCCAAAACUUCCCAGAGUUUGUGAUUGUUGGUUUGGUUGAUGAUGUUCAGAUGAUUUACUGUGACAGCAACAUCCGAAUAUGUGAGCCCAGACAGGACUGGAUGAAGGAGAAGACUGAUAAGUGGUACUGGGAGAGAGAGACUUGGAAAUAUGAAUCUUUCCGGCAGACCUUCAAAGCCAAUGUUGAAAUUGCAAAGUCACGCUUCAACCAAAGUGGAGGUGUCCACAUUUACCAGAAAAUGUACGGCUGUGAGUGGGAUGACCAGACUGGAGAGGUUACUGGUUAUCGACAGUAUGGCUAUGAUGGAGAAGACUUCCUAACAUGGGACACGAUGGAAAACAGAUGGAUCGCUCCAAAACAACAAGCUGAAAUUACUACAAACAGAUGGAACAAUGAUGGAGCUGAUCUGGAGAAGUACAAGAACUACCUGACCCAGAGAUGUCCUGAAUGGCUGAAGAAGUAUGUUGACUAUGGAUGGAGCUCUCUGAUGAGAACAGAUCUUCCAUCAGUCUCCUUCCUCCAGAAGUCUUCCUCGUCUCCAGUCAGCUGCCACGCUACAGGUUUCUACCCCAACAGAGCAGAGAUGUUCUGGAGGAAAGAUGGAGAGGAGGUUCAUGAUGGUGUGGUCAAAGGAGAGAUCCUCCCUAACAAUGAUGGGACCUUCCAGAUGAGCGUUGACAUCGAUCUGUCAUCUGUUAAACCUGGAGACUGGAACAAGUAUGAAUGUGUGUUUUUGUUCUCUGGAGUCAAUAAAGACAUCACCCAUCGACUGGAGAAAGCAAGAAUGAACCCUGAAACGAAUAGCAACAUGGUGAUCAACAUUCUUGUUGCAGCUGCAACUGUCAUUGGUCUCAUUGGCCUUAUUGGUGUGAUUGGGUUCUUUCUUUACAAGAAGAUGAAAGCUGUCCAGAACACUGGACCUCCAGAGAAAACCAAGUUUCUGCUUGAAGCCUGAAAAAAAGAAACAGACGAACACA